UCAUUGGCACGUGUGCGUGCUGUCAUACGAUCUAUUUGCGUUACAAGAGGCUUCAGAAUAGGAUAAGACUAUCCUGGCAGAAACAGUUUGAAGUUGUAAAGAACAUAUUAUCUGCAUAGAAAAUGGCUAGAGGAAGUCGCAGUGCCAGUCGUUCUUCGGCACCACCAACUAGCUCAUCCCCGGCCCAUCAUGCCCCGGCUGCUCCACCCCCGUCAGCCCUCGCCGCUCCUGCCACGCCCCAAGGGCCCGGCCUCAUGGCCCAGAUGGCCACCACCGCAGCAGGGGUUGCAGUGGGCUCUGCCAUGGGCCACGUCAUGGGCAGUGCCCUCACAGGCGCCUUCAGUGGUGGCAGCAGCGCUGAAUCAGCCACACCUGCCGCCAGCACAUAUCAGGAGGCCGCCGCUCGACCUGUCUCCUCCCAGCCGGGCCCAUGCAUGUUUGAGGUGCGACAGUUCCUGGACUGCGCCACCACUCAGGCUGACCUCAGCUUGUGUGAGGGCUUCAACGAGGCGCUCAAACAGUGCAAAGGCUCACAUGGUAUAACAUCACUGGUUUGAUCAAAGAUGUUAGGAGUCAAAACAAGACACUGUUUUCAGAUAAACACAUCAGAUGUGCCACUCGGUCAUGAAAUAAACUCUAUUCAACUCUCCACUGUAACAAGAAAGAAAUUAUGUUUGUUCACUGUUGAUAUGUCACGAAAUGUAUGAUUUAUUAUAAUUUUUUUGGUAAUGUAUAUGAGAUUGUGAAAUAAAGAGCUGCUAUUUACUUUCUGCUGGA